AGGCCUUAUUAAAACACUGAAAUCUCUCGUCGUCAGAUUUACACUAUCGCUACCGUUGAGACCGCCGCUUAGGGCGUCUCCUCCGCUAUCGCCGUAAUCAAGCAACCCCUCAUCCGUCGGAAUCUAUCGCUUCCGAUUCUCCGGUUCAUGAGCAGGAAAAUCCUGCAGACUUUGCUUGAGCCUAUGCUGUCGGUGAGAAUCUUGAAAGUUGUGGUUUGUUAUCCGCCGUUAAAGCUCUGCUGGCAUUAAGAUGGGGUGGGUUUGGGUAGGGUGGUGUUUAGGGAAAGAUGGGGAGAGUGAAUGCAGAUGGAGUCCAUUAUCGGUCUGGAGACAGCCCUUACGCUCUAAACAAAAUUAAAAAGGCUAUUACCAAAGGAAGCCAGGAGAAGCGACAUAGGAAGACUUUGAAAGGAAAAGCUUGGAAGGGUGUGACAUGCCCUGUCUGUCUUGAGAUCCCUCACAACUCAGUUGUCCUCCUAUGCUCAUCUUACCACAAAGGAUGCCGUCCUUACAUGUGUGCCACGGGAAACAGGUUUUCAAACUGUCUAGAGCAGUACAAAAAAGCGUAUACUAAGGAUGAGAAAAGCGACAAACCACCAGAGCUGUUGUGUCCACUUUGUAGGGGAGAGGUGAAAGGUUGGACUAUUGUGGAAGAUGCCCGGAAGUAUCUGAAUUCGAAGAAAAGGGCAUGCAUGAAAGACAAUUGUUCGUUUUUCGGAAACUAUAGACAGCUCAGGAAACAUGUCAAGUCUGUUCACCCAAGAGCCAAACCAAGAGCCAUAGACCCUGUGCUUGAGGAGAAAUGGAAGAAGCUUGAAGUUGAGAGAGAGAGGAGUGAUGUGAUUAGCACAGUCAUGUCGUCAACACCUGGGGCUAUGGUUUUUGGAGACUAUGUGAUCGAACCGUACAAUGGUGUUUAUGGUGAUGACCUUGAGUCGGAUGAUUCUUUGGAAGGUGGAUACUUUGAUUUGGGAUCGCUUGGAGCAUUUGACAUGGGUCGUCUUCAACCGCGUUCGGUUGCAGCCAUCUCGAGCAGGGGACUUCGCAGUUACUUCAUGAGCAACCACCGAUACCGGAGCAGAGGUGGGCACAGAAGGCGGCAAGCACAAUGACUGAUACUGGAUGAUUCUGUGCCUUCCGACCAAAAUUAAGCUUUGAGCUUUAUGCAGCCGUGAUGGGAAGGGCAAGUGGAAACAAAAACAAAGGGUGACUUUAUGAGUUAGAGGUUUUGAAGAUUGAGUAGGGUCUUGUUCCCUUGACCAUUGAUUUAAAGAAACGUUUCAUAUGCUUUGGAUACUUUUGUUUCACCCAUAAAAAUCUCCAGUGGUUUCGUUC